AUGAUGGUCAAAUAGGAUGCUUAGUAUCAUAUAUGAUUCAUAUUCACAAGAUUUGUGAACAAUUAUGCUCAAAACUCUUUUACAAUUUUCAAAUAAAGUGCAUCUAAUUCUAGAAAUAUUUAGAACAGUGUUGUGAAUAAUCCCUAAGAGAUGCUUUCAUCUAGACCUCUAAGUCAAGACCAGCAAUAUUACCUUAAGCAAUAACCAUUUCGAAAAGUUGAAGAAUGGCAAAAGUAAUAAGACUAAUUGGUUAAACAUUCCAAAUAAAAUAAUCACUUCAUUCCUAAUUAUCCUUAAAAAAUAUCAACAGAUUUAUCUUUGAGAUAUCAAAGGCAUUAUGCCUAAAACAGAUCGAUUGAUAGAGACAAGGUAAAAAAUGAGUUUUAAUAAAAAAUUAAUUAAAGUGUUAAUGUGAAAACUGAUGUAAUUGAAUAACCAAUAAUUUCUAUUAAGACAAAAACAGAAGAAAGUUAAAAGAAAUCAAAUCUGAAAAAAGUUAAAAAGUAAACACUUGAAAAAAAGACGGUAAAAAUAGAAGAUCAUAGACAAUCUAAAUCGAAAUCUCCGGAAAAUUAACAACAAUCCACUAAUAAGCCACCAUUGCCAACAACAAAAAAGAAGGAACAAGAACAAAGUUCAUUUAUAUAAUCUCAACCUGGUAUAGAUACUGUAGACUAAUUUCUAUAAAAAGCAAAAUGA